CUGAGCUGUGAAAUGGCUGAGACCAAUAUCUCGGUGGAUCAGGACCAGUUCAGCUGUUCAAUCUGUCUGGAUCUACUGAAGGAUCCAGUGACUAUUGACUGUGGACACAGUUACUGUAUGGCCUGUAUUAAGGGCUGCUGGGAUCAGGAUGAUCAUAUUGGUGUCUACAGCUGUCCGCAGUGCGGACAGACCUUCACCCCAAGGCCUGUUCUGGGCAGAAACACCAUCCUGGCUGAAGUGGUGGAGAAACUGAAGAAGACAGGACUCCAAGCUGCUCCUCCUGCUCACUGUUACGCUGGACCUGGAGACGUGGCGUGUGAUAUCUGUACUGGGAGAAAGUGCAAAGCCAUCAAGUCCUGUCUGGUGUGUCUGGCAUCUUUCUGUGAAACUCACCUCCACCCUCACUAUAAAUCUCCUCCUCUUAAGAAACACAAACUGGUCAAAGUCACUGGAAACCUGCAGGAGAAGAUCUGCUCUAAUCAUGACAAACUGUUGGAGGUUUUCUGUCGUAGCGAUCAGCAGUGUAUCUGUCUGCUGUGUGUGAUGGAUAAACACAGAGACCAUGAUACAGUCUCAGCUGCAGCAGAAAGGACUGAGAAACAGAAGCAGCUGGGGGCGAUACAGAGUAAAUUCCAGCAGAGAAUCCAGGAGAGAGAGAAGGAGCUGCAGGAUCUGAGACAGGCUGUGCAGUCACUCAAGUGCUCUGCACAGACAGCAGUGGAGGACAGUGAGAGGAUCUUUACUGAGCUGAUGCGCUCCAUUAAAAGAAGGCGCUCUGAGGUGAAAGAGCUGAUCAGAGAUGAGGAGAAGGCUGAAGUGAGUCGGUAUGAGGGACUCCUGGAGCGACUGGAGCAGGAGAUUGCUGAGCUGAGGAGGAGAGAGGCUGAGCUGGAGCAGCUUUCACACACAGAGGAUCACAUCCAUUUCCUCCAGAGCUGUCAGUCCCUCUGUGUCCCUCCUGGACCUGGAGACUUACCCAGCAUCACUGUCAGUCCAAACGUCUCUUUUGAGGCUGUGAGGAAAUCUGUUUCUGAACUGAAAGAGCGACUGGAGGAUGUUUUCAAGGUGGAGUUCAAAGUUUGUGGAAGAGUGGAAGAAGUCUCUGUUCUAGAGCCCCAGACCAGACAGGACCUCUUACAAUAUGGCUGUCAGCUCACACUGGACCCCAACACAGCGCACAGAGACCUCCGUCUGUCUGAGGGGAACAGAGAGGUGACCCGUGUGGGAGAGAUCCAGUCAUAUCCUGAUCAUCCAGAGAGAUUUGAGCACUACCUCCAAGUGUUGUGCAGAGAGGGUGUGUCUGGAUGCUGUUACUGGGAGACUGAGAGGAGUGGGGAUGGGGUUUCUAUAGCAGUGUCACAUAAAGAGAUCAGCAGGAAAGGGCGGGGUUAUGACUGUGGAAUGGGAUGUAAUAACAAGUCCUGGAGUUUGUUCUGCUCUCCCUCCCGUUACUCUUUCAGUCACAAUAAUGAGAGCGCUGAAAUCCCUGUUCCCUCCUCCUCCAGAAUAGGAGUGUACCUGGAUCAUAGGGCAGGAACUCUGUCCUUCUACAGCGUCUCUGACACAAUGACCCUCCUGCACAGAGUCCAGACCACAUUCACUCAGCCCCUCUAUCCUGGGUUUGGGGUUCAUUGGUAUAGAUCCUCUGUAAAACUGUGUGAUCUGGGAUGAGGCAGAGAAAAUGAGACAGAAAGGGAAUUACAUGUCACUAAAUAUGUUAAUUCAGUUGAUUUAGAUAAAAAUAGAGUCCAGACCACAUUCACUCAGCCCAUCUAUCCUGGGUUUUGCCUGCAUUGCCAUUGUGUUUAUGGCUACAUUUAUGGUCGCUAGCCACUGAGAAUUUUUACCUACAAACAGCCCUCCACCUAAAUAAAUAUAUAAAUAAGCGAUGUAACUGCUGAGCUAUCUACCCUGAAUAAAGUGUGUCUGUGUGUGUGCAGGUGGGUGGUGGAGGCCAAAAAAAAUAUUAAAAUAUAUCCUUAUAUAUUAUGAGAGUGGAGGGACGGUUUAUUUUGGCUCAGAUCAUGGUCUGAUUUGCUGAAGCCGAUGACGACAUGCAGACCCAUAGCGUGUGGCUUCAGAACAGCGUACGUUUCAGAACAGCGUACGUUUCAGAACGUUUCCAGACAGAUGCUGGUCGCCCAAGAAGGAAGCCCUUUACAAUGGAUUCUCUUGUUCUGGAUGUGCCGAACGGAUUAUUUCAUUUGAACCCGGAUACUGUUUUUUGUUUGCAAGGUUUUUCACACACAGGUUUCUUUGAUCUCACUUUUUAUUCUGAUUCUGCCUGCUAUGAUUUCUACCUGCAUCUUGCUGCCUGGAAGUACAAACCUCUAUUGGCCGGAGUCCAGGUGUGUCAACUUUACACGCAGAAGCUUCAGCUUUUGACCGUUCAUCUUUAAAAUCCUUUUCUAAAAGACAUUAUUUGUUUUUGUCAGUCUACUGCACUGAUGUACGUGAGGAGAUCAGACAUAGAGGCACAGGUAAAGCAGGAGGAGAAUAGUUUUGGCUAUCAUCAGGCCAAAGAAAGGGAUUGUAGAGGAGGUUUUUUUAGGGGGAUUCAUGGGAAAUGUGUUUGAUGCAAAUGGUUGUAUGUACAAAUAAAUCAUUGUGCGACAUG